GGAGAGGAGGGAACCGAGGAACCAGGAGUUCCUGAGCUGCAGUCCUGGCUGUACUUCUGGCUCCUUCACUCCUGUGACCUUGAGUGAGUGACUUGACCAUCUGUGAAAUGGGAAUGUUACAAACCCAGCUCAAAGGGGAAGCGGCGAAGCUUCGCUGAGUGAAGGGCUCAGAGCAUUUGGGAUGGAGGCCUCGACUGCUAAUGUUUUCCCCUGUCUGCCUUUGCUCAGAAAGGAACGCGUAGGCUGUGUUCCCCCUGGAGGCCCUGCCUUUUGGCUGGAACUUCCUCGCACGAUUUACCCAUACGUCCCAAGAUUGUGCUGGGAAGUUGGCAGGUUUCACUGAUGCCUCCGGGCAUCUUGCAUACAGAUGAGAGGAGAAAUUAGUCCAUUGGUCUCACGGUCUCCUCCUGCAUGGUGUGAACACGAGCUGAGGGCAGGAGUGAUCUGACUGAGAGCAGGAGAGAACUGCCCUGGGUCGUUGCUGAAAGCCAGGACCUGUUAGGACGUCCCAGGAGAGCUGGCUUUGCAGGGUUGUGAAGAGAUGCCCCAUGCUGGGGUCCACAAAGCAUAAGGCAGCAUCAUAGAGAUGCUCCAGGUAGCUCCAAACGCUCUAGUUCUGGACCUGGAAGCAGCAUGGCCAUGUUAGCGGGGUGCUGUGCUUGCUCUGCAGAGCUAAUUAACCUAAGUAAUGGGUAUAGCCAUGUUAGUACAGAGUGCUUCUUGUCCAAGACCCAGCUCAAGUAUCUGUGUCACUGGCUUACCCUGUAUGAACAACCCCUUAGACACUCAAAUGAGCCUUGCCCUUUCCCUUCCCUUUGGCCAGGAUGUCUGCACAUGGCUGGAAGGAUCAUUCUGCUGUCUGUUGCAGCUGCAAGACUUGGAUGAUGUUCAGCCUGCGCCCAAACACAAACCAGGAUCUUCUGAGAGAAGACUGAGUUUCCCCUCCUUGCCAUCUAGCUGCUCUUCAAGCAGCUGCUUAUAGCUGCCAUUCUUUUGGCAGGAAGCCUCCACUGAUAUCCGUUUCCUUCCUACUCAACUCUUUACUGUGUCUUUUCAGAGAACGUGUCACAUAGAUAAUAGGGAGACACAAGAUACAGCAAAUAACAGAGCCUUCAGCUGGAGAACUGAUGCACAAACUCAAUGAGAUGGCUGGCCUUUUGAGUCUGUCCGCACAUUCAGCCCCACCUUCCUCGCCACUUACAGACAGCAGGGCAGGCAGCAUGGCUGAGAGGAAAAAGACCCUAAAGAUAUUCCCAGGAAGACUUUGUGCAGACCUCACAGUGACAUGUAUAAAUGAGGACAGACCAAUGCUCCUGCAGCACGUUGCCUCCCAAAGGGAGGGGAAAGGGGGCUGCUCGACCUCUUCCUUGUCCCGGAGAUGUGCCUCAAACAUCUCAGCACAUCUGGAUAACAUGCUUGGUAACACACUCCAAGCUUGGUUCCCCAUCUGUUGGCUUGGAGGUUGAUGGGAGCAGGUCUGCUUGCUCAGACGAUGCCCAGAAGGGACGGCAAAAGAAGGCACGGCUACCUGAGAACAGCGAGGGCUCCCGAGACUCAGACAGCUCAGCCGGGCGUCGUGGGAGUGCUAGCCGCAAGCACGGGAGAUGGAAAGGCCGCCCGGAGGGUCCUGGGGUGCUGGUGACCAAGGUGGUGAGAGCAGUCACAGUGAAACACAAGCCUGGACGGAGGCUCCCUGUCAUGCUGGACUCAUCGAGCCGGAGGAACCUGACGGUGCUGCGUGGGGACGCCCAGCUGGCCAUCUUCCAGCACGGUGACACGGGCAGUGUAGAGGGGGCCCCUCAGCCCACCGAGAACAGCUUCACCCCCAAGUGUGAGAUCACAGGCAAGGAUGCCCUCUCGGCACUGGCGAGAGCCAGCACCAAGCAGUGCCAGCAGGAGAUUGCCAACGUGGUGUGCCUGCACCAGGCUGGGAACCUGAUGCCACGCUCUGUGCCCCGGCACUGCCAGCUCUCAGGGAAAGUCAGCCCCGUGAUCCAGUGGGACGAGAGCAGAAUGCAGCAGACCCCUGUGAAGAAGCCGGUGCGCGUUGCAUACAUGCUGGUGGCUCACGGCAGGGCCAUCCGCCAGCUGAAGCGGCUCAUCAAGGCCGUGUAUCACCAGCAGCACUUCUUCUACAUCCACGUCGACAAGCGCUCUAACUACCUGCACCGUGAGGCUGUGGAGCUGGCCCAGCACUACCCCAACAUCCGGGUCACACCCUGGCGCAUGGUGACCAUCUGGGGCGGUGCCAGCCUGCUGAAGAUGUACCUGCGCAGCAUGAAGGAUCUGCUGGAGCUGACUGAGUGGCCCUGGGACUUCUUCAUCAACCUGAGCGCCACCGACUACCCAACCAGGACCAACGAGGAGCUGGUGACGUUCCUGUCCAAGUACCGGGACAAGAACUUCCUCAAGUCCCAUGGUCGAGACAAUGCCAGGUUCAUUAAGAAGCAGGGCCUGGACCGCCUCUUCCACGAGUGCGACUCCCACAUGUGGCGCCUGGGUGAGCGGCAGAUCCCCGAGGGCAUCGUUGUGGAUGGCGGCUCGGACUGGUUCUCGCUGACCCGGAAUUUCGUGGAGUACGUGGUGCGCACGGAGGACCAGCUGGUGUCCCAGCUGCGCCAGUUCUACACCUACACGUUGCUGCCAGCCGAGUCUUUCUUUCACACCGUCCUGGAGAACAGCCAUGCCUGUGAGACUCUGGUUGACAACAACCUGCGGGUGACCAACUGGAACCGCAAGCUGGGCUGCAAGUGCCAGUACAAGCACAUCGUGGACUGGUGCGGCUGCUCCCCAAAUGACUUCAAGCCCCAGGAUUUCUUGCGGCUACAGCAACUCUCCAGGCCUACGUUCUUUGCCAGGAAGUUUGAGUCGACGGUGAACCAGGAAGUGCUGGAGAUCCUGGACACGCACCUAUAUGGUAACUACCCGCCCAACACGCCGGCCCUCAAGGCCUACUGGGAGAAUGUCUACGACCGGGUGGAUGGCCUGAGUGGGCUCAGUGAUGUCACCUUGACCUUCUACACAUCAUUCUCCAGGCUGGGGUUGCAGAAAGUGACAUCCUCUCAGAUGCAGAAGACAGAGAAACUCUGCAGAUUUGAGCCCCGGGGCUUCCCAUCCAGCGUGCACCUGUAUUUCUAUGACGAUCGUUUCCAGGGUUACCUGGUAAUGCAGGAGGUGCAGAACUCUGUGACGGGUCAGGCAGAGUCCCUGGAGAUGUGGAUGAUGCCACGGGGGGCUCUGAAGCUGGCGGGUCACGGAGGACAAUCUAACCGGUUACAGAACCUGGAGGUGGGCACAGAAUGGGACCCGAAGGAGAGGAUCUUUCGGAACUUCGGGGGCCUGAUCGGGCCUUUUGACGAGCCGGUGGCCAUGCAGAAAUGGUCGCGGGGGCCCAACCUCACGGCCACCGUGGUCUGGAUUGACCCCACCUACAUCAUUGCCACGUCCUACGACAUCACAGUGGAUGCUGAGGCAGAGUUCACGCAGUACAAACCGCCUCUCAAUCGACCUUUGCGCCCUGGCGUCUGGACCAUUCGCCUCCUCCAGUUCUGGGAGCCCCUGGGAGAGAACCAGUUCCUGGUGGCGCCGCAGACCUUCAACCGCAAGCAGCCUCUCAGGAAGGAUGACAGCAGCUGGUUACACGCCGGUCCCCCACGCAAUGAGUACAUGGAACAGAGCUUCCAGGGCCUGGGCGGGAUUUUGAACCUGCCGCGCUCGGACGAGGCGGAGAAGGAAGCUCUCCGAAACACGCAGCUGACGGGCAAGGCGCUGGAGGCCUGGACAGACAGCAGCAUCAGUGGCUUCUGGUCAGUGGCCGACGUGUGUGUGAGCAGCCCCUCCAGCUGCUCCUCCCUGGAGAUCUGCAGCAAAACCUCCUGGAGUUCGCUCUCCCCGGACCCCAAGUCGGAACUGGGGCCUGUCAAACCUGACGGGCGGCUGAGGUAGCAGGGGUGGCCUUGGGGCCUGGUCAUUUGGAGCAAGCAGCAUCCCCCAUGACAGAAGUUGGGGGAAGCGACAUGGCCUGGGGGGGAUUCUCUUGACUAAUUCGUCCUGCAAAAUUGCACCUUAUCUGCCCAGGGAAACGAGAGAGGAACCUCCAGGUGGAAGAAGAACUUUCCCAUUGUAUUUUGGGAGAGGUGCUAAGACAGAGUCCCACCUACCUCUCCCAGGAACAAGGGGAUGCCCAUCACUGGGGCACACGAAGGAGCUCUGUAUUUAUUACUCCAUGCAGUUGAGACUCAGGUUUGGGGUGGGGAAGGGUGACUGAGGGAAGGCGGGGUGGACUAGCAGGUCUGUUGGUUCUGGGUGACCCCCACACCCCUUCCCCACCCUUUCGCUCCCCCCUGCUGGAUUUCUACAGGAUCAGGACUCCUGCUACUGAUUUCCACAUUCCUGAGUGAUGGCUGGCAGAGAGCUCUGGGGAUGGAGCUGUGUGGGGCCAUAACUGGGCCAUGUGACUUUGUCCAUGCCCUCGAAGUGGCUGCUGGCUCGAUGCCUGCAUCUCAUCCCCUCCCCCACCCCUUAGUUUGUAUUUUUAUAAAUAUCUCUAUAAAUAUAUAAGAAGCCAAGUGCAAUAGAGACAAAGGGCCCUGUGACCGGCGGGGACUCCUUGGGUCUCCACCUCCCUGUACACUGGAACACUUCUUGCUCUCUUGGGGGUUCUGUAGAGAAGAGGGUAGAUUUGGUUUCUCCCUGCGGUGGCUGCCGGGAGGUGCUCGUACUAUCCCCUGGCAAAGGGAGAUGGGCAGGGGUUGGAACCCAGUCUCUGUAGCAGCCAAGUGAGUGCCAAGGCUCCCCGGUGUGGGGUGGCCAACUGUGCCAAAUGCUCCUGUCUGCUAGUGUUUCUCAUAGGAGGCUGGGCCUGAGAACAGGGAUGGACAGCCCCAGGCUUGCCCCAGGUUGCUGCUGUAGUGUCCAAAGGCUGAGAGGGCCCCCUUGACUCAACAGUCCCCUCUUAUGCCUGCUUGAGUACAGAGGCUGCAGGAGCCGGGCACUGGGAUAUAAUUGUCCCACCCACAAGGCCCAGCCCUCGCUGCUGCUCGGAUUCAGCGAUGCAUACCUCUGAUACAGCCCUCUCUGGUUGGGCAGUGCUCAGUGCUAUGUCCAUUAGCUCAGACCUUGGUCUGGGAAACUGUUCCCUUCUGGGUUCCCAGGACCAGUAGUGUUGCCCCAUGUGGCUUCCACAAUGAGUGGCCCAGGGUCAAGUGAGCUCUGUGCAGCCUCCCUUGCCCUUUCAGGGCUCCUGCUGGAGCAGGGAAGGGCCUCAGACUAUGUCCACGUGCUCCAGUGAUGGGGGUCUUCUGAGUGACCUGGUGAGGAAACGCCUCCUCCAUCCUCUGCAGUGCUGGAGGGUGGGACCUGGUGCUUGGAGACUCUUCCUGAAAUGGUUGCAUUGUUUUCAGAGUCCAUGUUUCAUGUGAAAUGUCCCCAUUUGAACCUUUCCACUCAGCCUUUAACCCUAGGCUGACCUUGGCAUGUGGACCCUCCAGCCUGGCUUCUUCCACUUAACUGGUGGGGACAGUGACCCAUGUAUACAGUCCCAGGGGUGACCCGGUAUGCACCAUAUUGAACUGCAAAGGGCAUGGGCAGACUGACCAGGUCACAGUAUUACCACUCAGAGCACAUGGGGAGGGGGAGACUGGUCAGUGGGAAUGGGUCUGAAGUUCAGGUUCAAACUCACAUGGCCUGAUAAGGGCCAUUGAGUGGCCCUUACCACUUGCCCCAGAGUGAGGGAGUACUUGCACUUCUCUAAGGUCAGUGGCUCCCCUGGAUCAGAGGGGCUGAUUUGGGUUCACCUGUGGCACUAAGAUCAUCCUCUCCCAUUGCUGAUUUCAGAUGGGGGCAGUCAUGCUGGCAGGAACACGAUGUUGGAGCAGUUCUUUCCUUAGCUAGUGGACCCACAGCAGUGGGAGGCCUUAGUUCCCUUCUGGCCCCAGUGAGGGGACAGGCCAGACUUGUACCUGUGCCCUGUUCCCCUCCUCCUUAGCUGGGACUGUGGGAUGAUGUUGCUUUGAGUGGAGAGGGACUUGUUCCAAACUGUGCUGCGUGUCCUCAAGCAACCGGGAGAUAGGACAUGAGUGGGAGGAUCUCCGCAGGAUACGGAACCUGCUCCAGAGAGGUGGUCCAGAAAGCUGUGUGUCAGGAGCAUUGUGUAACGUUGUCUGAAAUAUGCAACACCGCCACAAAUAUAUCUAUAUCUCUAUGGCCCUGUGCACAUCCGUUCUUUCAGCCUUCCCAAGACAGCUGAUCGGGUUUCUGCUGAGAUGCAACUCGGAGCAAAUCUGCUGGCCUGUGCACCUGCCCCUUCCUGCUGCCUUGGGGCAUCUGGGCAGUGAUUGCUGCUUUCUUGUCUCAGGUUUCCCCUCCCUGUUAUAGGGAACCACAGAGGAAAAACCAAAUGAUGCGUAAGAGCUUUAUGCACCAGCCUGUAUUCGCAUGUUCAGCCUGGCCGGGAAGCUCACUCCUGUAAUAGAGACAUGUUAUUUUGGGAGGAAUGCUAGAGCAGCCACUCAGCAUCUGUUGGCAGUUUCCAGGAGCCCUGUUCUGUAGUGAACCCUGCUACCCACACAGCACGGGCUGCCUUUCACAGUGACUUUUUUUUUAAGUGCUGCUUUGUUCCCAGGGCAACUGCUGCCUCUGCAUCAGGGCAUCACAUGAGGCCUGACAUGAACCCCAGAGGCAAGCUGCCUGCUGGGCUUAAAGCUUUGGAUUUGAAUCUCUGCAGCUGCCCCAGGCAAUGCCCUGGGCCAAGGAUUCUUAGUCCACAGUUUCCAAAGUAGUCUUGCCCAGCAUCGUCAUCUCCCUCUGACCAAAUGCUGUGGUGCCAGGCCCCACGUGAGCACCUAUACAGAG